GUUAGAUCUGAUGUGUUGUUUUUGUUUUGUUUUUUGUCGUUUUUUGUUACUAUUGUUAUAAUGUUAAAUAGUAGUUAAAUAAUAGUAAAUAAACAUUUUUUGUAAAGCAUAAAAAUAAAAGUACUGAAAUUUAACUUUAAUUAUUAAUUAUAAACAUAUAGCUCAUAAAAUAUUGAAAUAUGACCGAACCCAUACAUUUGAAUACUAGAGCUAGCACCAAAAAAGAACUAUUUUUUUAUCAUAACUAUUUAACAGGCCUCAUUAAAGCUUUAGAAGGUGAAUAUACAGUAAUAGAUUUAAGAAACGAGAGCAGUAUUGCAGGAAGAAUCUCAAGAGUUGAUGGAUUUAUGAAUAUUGAUAUGGAUGAUGUAAUAUUUCGGGAUGCCCUAGGUAACGAAUAUUGCUUUGAACAAUUUUUUGUCCGACAUCGGAAUAUCAGGUAUGUACAUAUUCCGAAAGAACUGAAUUGUAUGGAGUUGAUUCAAGAAAAUAUUAGUGGAAUGAGAAGGGUUAAGCCGGAUAAAAGAAAAAUAACUUUCAAACAAUUUAGAGCAUUAAAAUACCAACAAGAAACUGUGAGGUCUCUUGGUAAAACUAAGUAAUAAAGCCUUAUCAAUUAUUA